UUUGCUCUCUAUUUACUCCUAGUUCUCUCGAAUAUUUUCUCUAUUCCAAUUCAAAUGAAUCACUAACAAUGUUAACCAAAUCGCCAGCAUCUUCAUGGUCCUUACUCUUGAAAUCAAAACUCAAAUCCCCUAGAAAAUUCUCACUCGUCUCUACUUUCCCACACUUUCUCACCUCCCAAACAUCUAAUUUGCCCAUUUCACCAAAUAACCGUGUCUCAAAUUCUCCUCCUUUUGCUCCCCAUGACACUUCUCGUCCUUCAUUUCAUCGGAAAAUCUCAACUUUCGCUCAUUUUUCCAGCAACCAGAGACCAAAAUCCGCACUUCCUCCUAGAGCCCAUUUCUCAACAGCAUCUGCAGCUACUAACAAUGUAGUUCGGGAUCUUCUUGCGGAAUUAGAGCGUGAAAAGCAGAGAGAAAGGGAGGCGAGGAAGAGGAAAGGCCUGGGGACUAAGGACAUUGAUGAGGAGGAUGAAGAAGAUUACAUGGGUGUAAUGCCAUUGAUAGAGAAAUUUGAGAAAGAGAAGUGGAAGGAUACUGAGGACUUGAUGUUGAUAGAAGAACCCACCGAUUCCGACAGUGAAGAAGACGAGGAGGAUAGAGAUGCCGCAGAAAAGGCGUUUGAGAUGUAUGAGAGAAAGUGUAAGAGGCAUGAGGAGUUGCUCAAAAACUUGACUGAGGCUGAGACACUUGAUGAGGCUUUUCAGUGGAUGAAUAAAAUUGACAAGUUUGAACAGAAACAUUUUCAGCUCCGCCCUGAAUACAGGGUCAUUGGUGAGUUGAUGAAUCGACUUAAAGCGGCAGAAGGCAAGGACAAAUUCAUUCUUCAACAAAAAUUAAAUAGGGCUAUGAGGAUGGUAGAUUGGAAGGAAGCCUAUGAUCCCAACAAUCCUGCCAAUUAUGGAGUCAUACAACGUGAACAAGUUGGUGCUUCUGAAGAAAUUGGGGAACAAGCAGGAGAUGAAGGAGAGAAGCCAAUGAUACAAGGAGAUGCUGAUGAGGAUGAAGAAGAGUUUGAUGACAUGAAAGAGAAGGAUGACAUACUGUUAGAGAAGCUCAAUGCUAUCGACAAGGAACUUGAAGAGAAGCUGGCUCAAUUGGAUCAUACAUUUGGAAAGAAGGGAAAGCUUCUGGAGGAGGAGAUCAGAGAUCUAGCAGAUGAGAGAAAUGCUUUGACAGAGAGGAGAAAAAGACCUCUUUAUAGGAAGGGUUUUGACGUGAGGUUGAUAGAUAUGAAUAGAACGUGUAAAGUGACUAAGGGAGGCCAAGUGGUCAAGUACACAGCAAUUUUAGCAUGUGGGAAUUAUCACGGUGUUAUUGGCUUUGCAAAAGCUAAGGGUCCAGCAGUUCCCAUUGCCCUUCAGAAAGCAUAUGAGAAAUGCUUUCAGAAUCUCCACUAUGUUGAACGACAUGAGGAGCAUACCAUUGCACAUGCAAUUCAAACAACAUAUAAGGAGACUAAGGUGUAUCUAUGGCCUGCAUCAACUACAACAGGUAUGAAAGCAGGCAGAACUGUGCAAACCAUUUUGCAUUUAGCUGGCUUCAAGAAUGUCAAGUCAAAGGUUGUUGGCUCAAGGAAUCCCCACAACACUGUUAAGGCUCUUUUCAAAGCUCUAAAUGCAAUUGAAACUCCAAAGGAUGUCCAGGAGAAGUUUGGCCGGAUUGUUGUCGAGAAAUACCUUUUGUGAGAGGUUUGCUAAGGGAUACAGCCCAACAACCCAACCAAUGUUGAUUUUGUAUUUUCUUGAAUCCAAAUGAAUUAAACAUUUGGGUGAGAAAAGUGAAGAUUUUGCUGUAGGAUCCUACCUAGGAUAGUCUUUUCACACCACCUUUCUUUUCUUUGCUGCAUUGCAUUCACACCACCUGUUCUUCUCUGCAGAAAGGAUAGAAUAGUCUUUUUCACCUUCAAUUUGGAAUAAGUUUUUGAAGAACAUAGGGUGUGUUUGGUAUUCGGAAACUUUCUCUACAUUACUGAAGAAAGGUUAGGGGUAUUUUAGUAUUCACACACUUUAAUAUUAUAUCAAAUAAAGAGUAAAGUCAGCAUUUUUAUUUUUAUUUGUCCUAACAUAAUUUUUGAUAAGGAUCCUUCAAGAUUUCCUAUUCCUUGUGGGGGAAUGGUCGUUGGAAGGAAGCAGUUGGCUUAUAAUAGGGAAUAGGGACAAAGGGAAGAGAUCUACUCCCACCAUACUUGCAAAAAUCCUGUACCGUGGUUGGCAGGGACAGGGAUGGGGAAGCUCCUCUAGGCCUCUACUUUGCGAUGCCCUCUGGCCAUCCCUACUAGAAACCGCAGUGGGCGGUGAUGGCUGUAAUGAAUGAGACUUAAAGGGGGUUGCUUGGUUCCUGGAAAUUGCGUGUGAAAAUGUUUCAUUCUUGGAUUAUUAAAUUUCACAUUGUUUG